GAAACACAAGCCUGGCAGCGACGAGGGGCGGAGCUGUCCUGGUCUGUCACGAAGAUAUGUUUCAUUUGAAAAAACUAGCCACCAAGCUAACAACUGUGUCAGUCCACACGGCUCUGGGUUUAACCGCGAAGACAAAGCGCCUGUUAGCCCGACCCGAGGAGCAAGCAGGAUGCCGGUGAAAGGCGGAGGAAGACUGGCCUCUUACCCGAGCAGGAGCGAAAAUGUCGGAAGCUCAGGGAUGGAAGAAAUGGUGUGGGAGCAGUACUCAGUCACUCUUCAGCGGGACUCUAAGAUGGGUUUUGGAAUCGCCGUGUCAGGUGGCCAUGACAACCCCAACGUGGAUAACGGUGAGACGUCAAUCAUCGUCUCUGACGUGCUGCAGGGAGGACCAGCAGACGGAUUACUCUUUGAGAAUGAUCGUGUCAUUCUUGUCAACUCCAUCUCCAUGGACAAUGUGCCUCAUUCCUUCGCCGUGCAGUCCCUCCGUAAAUGUGGCAAAGUGGCCAAGAUAACGGUGAAGAGACCUCGUAAGGUAGCGCUCCACUCCCUGAAGCCGCCCCCCUCCCCAGGCUCAGACAGUCGGGACUACUCCCCCUCCACUCACUACUACGAUGCUGACAAUGACAACGGCUGGUACCGCGAUGAAGGCCGGGACCACACCUCUGAAAGCAAAGCGUACCUGGAGCCUGACUACAGAGGAGGACGGGACUAUAACCAGACGGGUAGGAGCCGCGGGAGGAGCCAGGAGAGAUCCUCGCCCAGCCCCGACCGAUCCAGGAGGGAGGGGAGCCGGGGGCGAGCCCUGGACACCAGCGCAGACCGUCAGAAGUUACACAGCAGAGGAGGCAGCCCCAGGGACAGCUACCGUCUGGAGGACAAGUAUGAGCGAGGUGAAGGAGGAGGAGGAAGAGGAGGGAGGUACAGGAGCAGGGACCAGCUUCAUGAUGAUCCUCCAUCUCCAGAACCAUCCAGAGAGCUGGAGCCACUGGAGAAACCUGUCAAUGUCCUGCUGGUGAAGAACAGACCCAACGAAGAGUACGGUCUACGUCUAGGGAGUCAGAUCUUCAUCAAACAGAUGACCAGCACAGGCCUGGCUGCCAAGGAUGGGAACCUGCAGGAGGGAGACAUCAUUCUCAAGAUCAAUGGGACGGUGACAGAGAACCUCUCUCUGCACGAUGCUGGGAAGCUGAUAGAGAAGUCGAGAGGGAAGUUGCAGCUGGUGGUCCAGAGAGACAGCCGCCAGAUCCUGGUCCGCAUCCCCCCUCUUGCAGACUCCGACUCUGAUAAUGAUGACAUAUCAGAGAUGGAGUCAUACCAUUCCUAUUCCCCCCCAGAGGAGAGGAGGUCCCGCCAGUCUGACCUGUCCUCCCACUCCUCGAAUGAAAGGGACAACCUCAGGGAAGAACCGAUGAGGACGGCCGAGAUGUCAGCCAUGGCUUCACCAUUCCGAGUACCUGAAGACCCUCAGACCUCAGCUGAGCUGGACAAAGACAUGCCACGCAUAGAGGAGCCUCCAGUUACUGUAACAACCACGCCCAAGAUUCUCCUCCGACCAAGUCCAGAAGAUGAAAAAAUAUAUGGGCCAAACACAGUGAUGGUGAAUUUCCAGAAGGGAGACAGUGUCGGGCUGAGGCUGGCAGGAGGAAAUGAUGUCGGCAUCUUUAUUGCUGGUGUUCAAGAGGGCAGUCCUGCUGAAGAAGAAGGCCUCCGCAUCGGAGAUCAGAUCUUAAAGGUGAACAACGUGGAUUUUCAAGGUGUAGUGAGAGAGGAGGCGGUUCUUUUCCUGUUGGAGAUUCCUAAAGGAGAACUGGUCACCAUCCUGGCCCAGAGCAAACCUGACGUCUAUAAUGACAUCUUGGUGUCGGGGCGUGGAGACUCCUUCUUCAUCCGGACCCACUUUGAGUAUGACAAAGAGACUCCUCAGAGCCUGGCUUUCAGCCGAGGAGACAUCUUCAAGGUGGUGGACACUCUGUAUGAUGGCAAACUAGGCAACUGGCUCGCCAUCCGUGUCGGCAAGGACAAGCAGCUGCUUGAGAAAGGAAUCAUCCCCAACAAGAGCAGAGCGGAGCAGAUGGCCAGUGUCCAGAGCUCUCAUAAAGUUGUUGCUGGUGAUCGAGCUGACUUCUGGCGGUUGAGAGGCCAGCGCUCUCUGAAGAGGAAGGACCUGAGGAAGAGCAGAGAAAACCUGAGCAGUCAGACUCUGGCUACCCGCUUCCCAGCCUAUGAGCGGGUGGUGCUCCGAGAAGCUGGUUUCCGGCGUCCUGUGGUGCUGUUUGGCCCCAUCGCUGACGCUGCUAAUGAGAAACUGGCCUCCGACAUGCCUGACCUCUUUAUUAUUGCCAAAACUGAGCCAAAAGACGCCGGCUCUGAGAAGUCCUCAGGAGUGGUUCGCCUCAACACCAUCCGACAAAUCAUCGAGCAGGACAAGCACGCCCUGCUGGAUGUGACACCCAAGGCAGUGGACACCCUAAACUACACCCAGUGGUACCCUAUCGUCAUCUUCUUCAACCCAGACAGCAAACACGGCAUCAAGGCCAUGAGACAGAGGAUCAUCCCCAACUCCAACCGCAGUGCCCGAAAACUCUACGAACAGGCCGUCAAACUGAGGAAGACCUGCUCUCAUUUAUUCACUGCCACCAUAGAUGUGAACUCAGCCAAUGACGCCUGGUAUGGCAGCGUCAAGGACUCCAUCAGAGAGCAGCAGAUGCAGGCUGUCUGGGUCUCUGACGGCAAGCUGGAGGGAGUAGAGAGUGAUCUGGACUGCCAGGAUGUGGAGCGUAUGUCCUUCCUGUCUGCCAUGUCCGCCGACUACCUCAGUAUGGACAGCCGGCUGACCUCCGACCUGGACGACACUGCUGAUGAGGCCGGGGCUUACACUGACAACGAGCCUGAUGUGGAGACCAUGCACAUCUCUGCCAUCAGCCGCUCGUCUGAACCUGUCACAGCAGAAGAGAUCUUACGCAGAUACAGUCCAGACAUCCGGAGUCGCAUGAGGAAAUUCAGCAGUCGUGAGGUCCUCAACAGGUCCAGCCCUCCACCUGUCUUCCUUACAGACAGCAAGGUCAAACUGUCUCUGAGGGAGGAGCAGGCCCUUAUAUCAGGUUCCACCAACCCCCACCAUUACCACCGUCAACACCACCCUCCACCCCCGAGCUCCAGCCGAAGUUACGACUCUCCAUCCAGCAGCAGCCCCGCCAGCAGCAACAACGACCCUCCUCCACCCAUCUCCCGUUUAGCCGCCUCAUCCGGCCCACCGCCUCCGCCCCCGCUUCUCCACUUCAACUCCUUCGGCAAAGCCCGGGUCCAGGCAGCGCCCCAACCCCCCGCCGCACCAAAGCCCAGCAGCUGCGGGAGCACAGCAGAGGUCGCGGUUCACUCGCCUCUCGCUCUGCCCAGUGCGAGCAUGGCGGCCUGUAGGAAGCAGGAGGAGGCAGGAGAGGACAGCCCUGCAGAGGACCCGUCCAUGAGGUCCUUCAUGGGGAAGAUCAAGGCCUUUGAGAAGAUGGAUCACUUUGCCCGGGCCCAACGGAUUGUGGAACUACAUGAGGCACAGAAUGCCAGGUUGGAAAUAGCCCAGAAGCAUCCAGACAUCUACGCUGUUCCUCUGAAGACAGCCAAGCUGGAUCACAGUCGCCCACAGCCUAUCGGCUCCAGCUCCCGUCCUGAACCCCGGGGUCUGUCCUCCAUGGAGGGACAUCCCUUCUACCCCAGCGAGAUGGUGGCAAAGGAGGAGGCAAUGCCAGGAUACUACACCGCCAACUCCCACCAGUACCAGGACACUGAACUGUAGGGUUAACACACAGCAGCUACGCCAGCUCUCAGCUUCCUGGACAUACAUGUACACACACGCUGCAUAUGCAGUCUAUUUACACACUUACCAUUCCAUCAUGCCCUGCACAAAUCAGCUGCUGACUUUGAACUGACUCUUGCUUCUUUGAUAUCGAGAAGAAAAAAAAAAACUGCUUCUUUUUUUGCUUCAAGGAAGUCAAAGCAAUCUGUACUAUCCAUUUGGAUAGGAACACUGUCUUUGCUUUACUCUUUAUGUUAUAUUUAACUGUUUCUUUCUUACGUACCUCUUUUAAUGGUCAAAACUGAGUGAUCAGGAACCACUUGUUUUCUUGCCUAUGCAACUCUUCAGUUUGUGCACAGCAACUGAAACCUAUUGCCACGAGUGUUGCCCUCACAAAACCUCAACAAACCCCAAAAAACCACAAUGCGCUUGAUCAUCUCCCCCCUUCUUUUUUAAGCUCCUGUAAUUGCCAGCUAUGAUCAACAAAGGUUACGUAUAUAUUAUUACAUACUAUAUAUAUAUAUAUAUAUAUUAUAUAUCUAAAGUCAAGUGUUUAUACUGUGUCUUUGCAUUCCUUCCUAUAUGACAAUGCCUGUGUAUACAUACAGUAUAUAUCUAUCUAUAUCUAUAUCUAAAUAUAUAUGUAUAUUUAUAUAUGUAUGUAUAUACAUAUACAUAUAUAUAUAAAGAGAUAAUCUAUCUAGUAACACUGGAAUUUGUUACAGUUUUUUGAAGUGCCUUUUACUUUCUUAGUCCCAUGAGGUUUGGGUUGUCUUUCCUCCGCCCCUCAGCCGCCCAGCCGGACUAAAACCUCUGCUGCUGUCAAGCUUAAAGGGAAACCAGGGAACCAGAGACACCAAAACCCUUAAUGCUGUCCCUACACACACUGUACUGUCUGCUGUCACCUACAGUGACAAUACACACCCUUAAAACUACAGUACACACCCUGCAACCAGUCCUAUCUGCCAUGUGUAAGCGAGGGCAAACACUGUCUGAUCUCUAGAAUUCAAUUAAAAACUAUUUCUGUCUCACACCAGUGUGAACUUUUAGCUUGAGAUGAUUAGAGUUGGUUAAAUGUAAUCUGUAAAGGCCUGGUCACAUCUGCAUUUGAAAUGGCAACAUUUGAUGGUGAGAUGUAUUUAUUUCAAUGGCCACAAUCAAGGGAUUCAUUUACAGAGGUGAAGGCAAUCUUUGCAAAUCUUUUAAUUUCUUUCUAAUUAUAUGAGUUUAAUAUUGGUGAACUUUGACCUGUACUCUCACACCACUGACCAAUAGCAAACUGUCUGAACAGUGCUGACCUAGGUUGCUAACUCUUAUGCUUUUGGCAUCCACAGAGUGAUAGUAUCAGUCAGGAUAUAACGGUAGUUAAUGUUCGGUGUAUUUCUGCACAUCAGACGGAAGAUAUUACACACAGAUUCCAAGUUUAGCCAAUUAAAUUAUUUGGAAUAAAAUCCAUCAGAGCUGUGAGGACAUUCUAGUGAUUUCAGGUAUGUGUUUAUGUCUUGUCAAAUCUUAUUAUGACAGUAUUACAGAGAGUUUUCAGUUUUCUUGCUUAAAUGCUUUGUCUCAUAAUAUUUGCAGUGACCUUAUUGUGCACAUUCUAGAAUAUUCAUGUACUGAAUACACCCUCUCUAAUCCAUAGUAAAUUAGUAAAUGACUAAAAAUAUGGCAACAGAUAGUAAUAAUGCAAGCAGGUUUUACUGUUGUUUCAUUGCACUGAUAACUGAUUAUUACACACAGACAGGAGUAUCAGUGUCUUGUGGGUUAAAUCAUAAAUUCAGCAAAGAUAUACCACCCACUCAUACAGUAGCAGCAUGUUAUCAAUGAGUUUUAUUACAAUUCACUUAAAAAACAAAAGGAGAAUGGUUUACAGUUAUGAGAUAGGAGUCACUUCAUAAAUUGUGUAAACUUCUCCUGACAUGCUGAUAGUUAGCCAGCUAGCAGAGUAGUAUAGUAAGUAUUUUUUUUCUUUUUAUAAUAUCCCACAACAACUGAAUCUCUUGGAUAAUGUAAAGAUCCUGUAGGUUUAUGUAAUGGUUACCAGUUUGAAUUGUACUUACGGUACCUGUGAGAAUGGCUGAUGUUGCUAUGAGCUGUAGCAGAUUGAAAAAUCUUAUACCAAACUUGUAGAACUCCAUAUUUUUUUAAAGAUGCACAGCUACAUGUUGUUGUACAGCUUUGUUUGUGACCAGGCCUUCUGAUUCCUUGUUUUUCUUAUUUUUGCUAUCUUUGGUGCUCAGCAUUCUGUGCUGUUUUUUUGCACUGUACUUCCCAGCCAGAAAAGGAUUUAUCAGUCUUAAUUGUGUGGCCAGUAGAGUAUGUAGAGAUGUAUUUUGCCUUGGAAUGUUUUGUUGAAGAAAGAUCUGCAGGUGUCGUUCUCUUCAGUCUGUUCAGCCAUGGUGGCGAUCACUGCCUACGCUAACAACACACUUAAAGGAUGACUUUUUCUUGUCAGCAAGUCUCAUGUACAGACCAAAUACAACAAGUAUCAUGUGUGUAUCAGAGUCUGAUCUAUCGUAUUCCUCUGUGCCCUAGAGGUCCAUUUUCUAUUAAAGAUGCAUUAAUGAGCCACACCGUUGGACCAGGUGACAUGUUCUUUCAUUACCAUAAACACAAUCCAACACUGAAAAUAUAGUCCUCAACAAAUACACUAUUUGAUCUUGUUUCAGUCAAAUUUACUGAGCCUUUUUAAAGAACAGAAACAAUAUAUAUUUGUGAGCUGUUUGCAAAGAUUGACAUCUUUAGUAACAACCAAAGGGCUUCAUGCUGAGAGCCACAGAGUCCAAAAAAUAUUAAGAGACGGACUAACAUGUUGGCUUUGGUCUUUUCAUGGUAUUUGCUUAACAAUAAGAAACAUCUAGAAUGCUAGCCUUAUCUUGUUAAAGCUGUGUCCCACUUCAGGAGAACUUCCUUUGAAAAGUGAAUAUGUUAACAAUGCACCUGAGAACUACAGCUGUGGGUUGCUUCAACUUUGUGCUCAUCUGUAUUUCAAAAUCUACUGUAGUCUGAUCACUGCAUUUAUUCAGCCCAUGUCAACUGGUCACAUUGAGAAAACGUUACAUGAUGAUAUUGCAUAUCCUACAUGUUUGUAUAGGAUGUAAAUGAUGGAAGUCAGGCAGAAACUGCAGUGUUUGCUCCUGUUAGUAUUGUACACAUGUUCAUCAUUACACAUUAACAGUGUGUCACGAGUCACUUACACACUGUGACAGAAAGAAAUGCAAUGGGCAUUCCAUCAAUGUUCCAUGUCAGUGCCAAAUGUCAGUAUCGUAAUGUUUUAGAAAAUGAUUCAAGCGACGUCACCAGUUGGAAAUAGCCCAUUCCAUUAGUGAGUAAUCUCACUGUAGGCUUAGAAAGCUACAAAUUGAUGAGUCAUAAUCCUUACAGCAGCCAAUAACUUUCAAUGUACAGUACAUAGAGGCAAGUGAGUAGUUUUAAUGCAGAUUUGAAACAUGUGAGGCUCUACCAUGUCAGUUGAUAUUGCAUAUUCCAAGAUAUUCUUUAAAAUUAGUUACAAACAGUAUGUUUUUCAGGGUCCCCUUACACAGUAAUCCACUCUGCCAGGUUAGUAACCUGACUUCAUCUAAAAGACUCAUCUUUGUGGUCCAUGAUCUCAAAGUAGAAGUAACCCGUGAAUUGAGACACAGCUUCUUUUAUUAUUCCAAACCAACCAGAGACAUAAAACAGAUCACUUGCUGUAUAACAGUGGACUUUUCCUG